AUGUGCGUGCAACCUGAAGUGUCGCAUCGUCCAUUCAUGGGAGAAGUAGUCCAGGCUUUAAAGUUAGUUUGCAACGAGUUUGAGGAAACAAAAGACCUAAUGUCGGGAAGCUACAGCCAUGAUGAGUUUUCCAUCAGUAAGAAUAGCCAAAUUUGGGUUGAUGAUCAGGAUCAUGAUUAUGAUGUAGGGGAAGUCUCAACAGCCAGUUACACAAUGCAUCAUCAAGGAUUUGAUGAUAAAAUAAGAUUAUCAACUUCAAAUCUUCCACCAGUUUCAUAUGGAGGGCUCGAAUCAGAUUCUUUCAGGAGACAGUUUAAUUCUGCUCCUUUGAAGAGGGGACGGAAAAAGCAUUUCUGGGAACGUUUAAGAGGGUUUUCAAGAGGCAGCAUGAGUGAUCGUGGAUUCACAUUAAUGUAA